AUGUCAGAUUAUGAAAACGAAUCACGGGAUUGGUUAGAAAGAUCGAUUGCUGAAGAACAUAUUAUAUAUUAUGAAUUUUCAGACUUCAAUAAUUUAGAACCAAUAGGAAAAGGUUUAUUUGGAAGCGUCUUUCGUGCCAAUUGGAAAAAUAAUGAUACAAUUUUUGCUAUAAAAAAGUUUAAUGAUAAUAAAACGAUAAAAGAGGUUGUGAACGAGUUAAAAUUACAAAAAAGGGUUGAUUUUCAUGAAAACAUUAUACGGUUCUAUGGAAUCACAAAAGGAGAAACUGGUCAAUCACGCGCAACUAGAACGUACUCACUGAUUUUAGAAUAUGCAGAUAGUGGUACAUUGUCAACUUACUUAAAUGAGCAUUUUAAUAAGCUUGAAUGGAAUGAUAAAUAUCGGUUAGCAUUGCAACUAGCCAGUGCAGUAGCGUGUAUACAUGAAUGCGAUAUCAUUCAUUGUGAUUUGCAUGCGGAAAAUAUAUUAAUACAUCAGAAAAAGAUAAAAUUGGCAGAUUUUGGCUUGUCAAACAAAAUUACUUCGUCUAGUGAUCCAUCAAAAAUAUUCGGUGCAAUACCUUAUAUGGAUCCAAAAGCUUUAAACGAAGGUCAAAAUUACAAAUUGAAUAAAAAAUCUGAUGUAUAUAGCGUUGGGAUUUUGAUGUGGCAAAUUUCAAGUGGAUAUUUACCAUUUUCUAAUCAUGAUGAACGUUUAGAAAUUAUUGAUGGCACUCCCGUUAAAUAUAGUAAUUUAUAUAUAGAAUGUUGGAGAUAUGAACCACAUGAACGUCCAAAUAUGCAAGAUGUUGUUUUAGGACUUAAAACAAUAAUUUCUUCUGAAUAUAAUAUAAUUAUUGAUACUACUACUAAUAAAAAGGAAUAUAAUUUAUUAGUAAAAUAUGGAACAAUUUCUGAAUCAAACAAAGGAACCAUAGAAUUAAAUAACGAAUUAAUAAUAUCAAAUGAUAGAAGAUUAAAUAUUGAAAAUAUCUAUAUUGAUAAUAAAAUAAAUUCAAAAAAUCGGAUGAUAACGGAUUCUAGUAAUAAUUCAACAAGAAGAUCAGUAUUGGUAGAUUAUUUUGGUCCGAUAUUUAAUAAAUUAAUUCCACCUAUAAAAUUAAUAAUGAUUCCAAUUAAAAAGCGUUAUCGAGAUUAUGAUUUUAAUCAAGUUCAACGACUAAUUGAUCGAAAAGUAUUACAAUUAAAUCAAUUAAAUCAAGAAAUAGACAAUUUCAUUAUAAAAAAAAUUAUUAAUAUUAUAAUAUCAUUUGUUUCUUGGGUUAUUUUUAUUAUUUCAAUAGAUGAGUAG